AUGCAAUUUAUUGGGAUGCUUGAUUCAUCGAUUCUUACAUCAGAUUCAUCUGUAGCGUUGCGUCCGCCAAAUAAUCCAGAAUGGAUUUCACAGUUAUUAAAUUGUUCCCCCUACAUAACAACACCGCUACAACCUAUGCUACUUGUUACCAUGACUAAUGGGUCUGUUAUUGAAGCGUACAAUUUCCUGACAACUGGAAAACGUCGUCAGCCAUCAUCGUCUGAAGAAUUUAGUCCACCUCUUUGGUUACUUGAUGAUGACAGAUCUUUGAGUUCAGAAGAUACAGAAGUAGUUGAUGAACUUGUUAAUCGUUUUGGCUGGACGGAAGUAGUUGAGCGUUGUAAUUUUCUAAAAGAUUCAGAUUAG